GGAAGUGGGCCAAUACAGUCUAGUGUAGUCGGACGGUCGUAGUUACCCUUUUCAAGAGGAUUUAUCAGAUUGAUAAACUACACUGAUAGCCGUUGACGGUGACAAACCCGGUCGGAGAGCUAACGUUACCGAGACAACAGGUCUGCCGAGUUUUGUUGGUUUCUACAGUCACAACACGGAGGGAAAAAUGUCGGGGGAGCCUAUUCUCAUCACACUGGAAACGGCCAGCGGGGCCCCCAGUUCAUUCCCGGUGGCUCUGAAGAAAAUAAUGGAAAUGCCUCCGCCGAAUAUACUGGACGGCGACGACGACACUGACAAAGAAAAGCUGGUCCUGGGAGAUAAUGUCGAUCUGGGUGGAGGAUGCAGUGACAUGGGGCCGUCAGCCGCCCUGACCCCCGCUAUCUGGGAUAAGACCAUCCCCUACGACGGCGAGAACUUCCACCUGGAGUACAUGGAGCUCGAGGAGUUUCUCAUCGAGAACGGCAUCCCGGCCGAUGAAGACCCCCUGAGGAGCAGCACAGAUGUUGAUGCCAUCUUGGAUCUGAAGGCUUCCCCCUCUGCCCAGAUAAAUGGUGCCAAGCGAGCAGGCGUGGCUUCGGUGUCUCUGCUGCCCAUUCAGGAGUUGGAUAGGUGCGGGGAGGAAGUGGUGAUUAUCACCAACGGCGAGUCUGAGAUUACAUGUGAUGUUACUGCAGAGGUGACCACUAAUGAAGAUGAUGAUGAUGAUGACGCAUCCGAGGGCAUGGACCCCGAGGAUAUUGAGGUUGACAUGAACUACGAGCCAGAUCCCACCGACCUGGUGCUGUCAAGUGUGCCGGGGGGCGAACUGUUUAACCCACGUAAACACAAGUUCAGUGAAGAGGAGCUGAAGCCACAACCUAUGAUCAAAAAGGCCAAGAAGGUGUUCGUGCCUGAAGAACAGAAGGAUGAUAAAUACUGGCAGCGGAGGAAGAAGAACAACGUCGCAGCCAAACGCUCACGCGACGCCCGCAGGUUAAAGGAGAACCAGAUCACCGUCCGGGCGGCGUUCCUGGAGCGGGAGAACACGGCGCUGCGGACGGAGGUGGCCGACCUGCGGAAGGAGUGCAGCCGCUUCAAGAACAUCGCCGGCCGCUACGAAGACAAAUUCGGACCGCUUGCGGUGCCAGAAGACGAAUAGACCACACUUGAUUUAUUCAUUUGUUUUCUCUCUAAUGAAUAAAUAAAUCAAAGCCGUUGAAGGGGGUCGGCAUGUGACACAAAAAAAACAAUAAUCUAUCUGAUGAUGAUGAUGAUGAAGAGGAGGAAGAGGAGGUGUGAGAGCAUGAGAUGCAAUACAACGUUAACAUCCGAUAUCAGUUUUUUUUUUUUAUUGAAUUUUAUGAAACAUCCAUGUGUGUGUGAGCAGGGUGUGUGAGGAUAUUCAAGUGCUUCUUAAGGACUCUCCUUUUACGAGGCGUCCCUUUAUCAUGUUUUGUAUGCCUUUGGCCGAAAGAGAUAAUUUGUGAUGUUUUAUUAAGGACAAACUGUUAUUGUUUAAUUCAUUUUUUUUAGAUGAUAGUCUAUAAUUUGGUAGCAGCUGUAAAAGUUAUGUGUUAGUCAUCAUUAAGGUGUCGUAGAGAUAAGCUUAUUUACAGAUUUCUUCCAGUUCUUUCCACAUUUUGAUGAAUUCUGAUACCUUUCUUUUUUUUUUCUCCAAAGUUUAUAUUCUAAAGAGGCAGAUUACGUGAAGAGCAGGGCUUUUCUUUCGCCCACAACCACUUUUCUGACUGUGACAUUUCCAGUAACUUAAGCUUCUUCAGGGGAUUACAGUGACACGGCAGUGUGUUCACGCACAGAUCUGUACAUUAACACUCUGUUCUCUUUGUCUCAGUGUGUGUGUGUGUGUGUGUCGCUACCCGUACGACGUCUGCCUCGCUCUCCAUUUCUGUCCGUAACGCUUCAGAUGACUCGUGUACAGUCCACUGAUGCAUGUGCUGUAUAUAAGUAGCUUAGAAUGAUACUUUCAGGACUUUUAUUUCUUUCUCUUUUUUUCCCCCAUCCCAUCAUUUUACAAAUAUAUUCAGCAUCAUGACAUAAAAAGCUCAGAUACAGCUAGCGAAGGUUUUUUAACAGCCCGCAUUUAGUUUUGGAUGAAUAUCAAGCAGUGACGUUGAAAUGAAUACAGCAUCUUUCUGAGAUGAGCCUAUCGGAUUCUAAUUGAAGUAUUUUUAAUGAGUGCUUUAUUAAAGGCGGCUAGUGAAAGCUGGUCUGCUAUAGGUGAAGCUUCACUAUUAUUACAGUGCUACAAACUUACAACACAAAACCAAACCUGGCUUUCAAAAACUACCUAGCAGUGUUUGUGCGUGUAGAUUGUAUCGACUUAAGUUUUUAGGACGUUUGCGCACAACUUCAACUUUUCUAACUCAUUUCCGUCUUAGGAUUCAUUUUCUAAUUUCUUGACAAACCAGGAAGUCUCAAUAACCGCAGACUGUAUUUGGGGGUAUCUUAAAAAAAAACAACCAAGAAACCCCUGAAUUUCUUCAAGUGUCUUCUACGUCUAAAGCCAUUUCAAUGCAGUGCGCAGUCUGCCGGUUUCGAGGGUGGGGUGUAUUAUUUACAGGGUUACUAUGCAGGAUUUUCCUAUAAAAAAAACAUGUAUAGACUGGUAUAAAAAUAAUCCCUCACAAUCAUCAUUACACCUGUAAUGAAAGUUGAGACUCCAGUUUUUUUUUACUGUACAAUUCAGAUUUUUUAAAAAAAGGGAUUUUUUGUAAGAUUUUGCUGCUGUGCUUCCAUCCAGACAGAUUUAUUUAGCCAUUCAGGAAAGAGGAGGGGGGGAGGGGUUAAACCAAAG